CCUUUAAAAGAUGUGGGCUGCGACGUGUGUCCUCCGGUCCUGUCCCCUCUAGGGAGGAGAGUCUAGAUGGACGUAUAGCUUGGCCAAAUAAAUAAACAAACGACAGGGGGGAAGAGAGAAAAAGGAAAUUCCUUUCUGCCUUUUCCUCUUCCCGAGCAUCUUGCUCUGCGCAGUGUUGGCGACGCCACCGGGGAGCUGUGCGCAUUUUCCUUCGAUCUGAGGAGAGGACCACAACAUCUGAAGCGCCAUUAGGCCUAAACGAACAAAUCUAAGGAUAGAAAAAAACACAACCAAGGAGGAAAUUGUGGGUUAUCGUCUUAUUUUGAAAACCCUUUGAUGCCCUGACUCUGGAGGAGACAACCAAAUCUCAUGCCCCCUCCAAACGGGAUAUCUGACCGACCUAUGGAGUGUUGAUUUACGUUCUGUCAUUUUCCGAGAAUAUUUUUUGGACACUCAGAGGAGCCUCGCUUGUAACACAUUUGUCAUUGACCUAUUUAUUUUUUAAAUAAAUUGCUGCCGGCUGAGAAAAUAGCUUCCAUUGCCAGUUUAGUGUUAGAUAACCGAGUGGCAUUAGCUGUCCGAGGUGCUGAACUGAGUCGAACGGAGCCGAUACCGGGACAAGCCGAGGGGAAUUCACAACCUUGAAAGGUCACAGGCCUAUCAUUCGGGGAAGAGGAAAGCAGGGGAUCCGCCAACUCAACCGCCGGGAAGCAGCCGGUCCAUAUUUACACAUUUUUCCCAUCGUCCCGUGGUGAAAUACGUUCCUGAGGUGGUCGAUUCAACGGAAAGAAAAUGUCGGGGCAAACGCUCACGGAUCGCAUCGCCGCUGCGCAACACCAGCUAACGGGAUCAGAUAUGGCCCGGGCUGUCUGCAAAGCCACCACUCAUGAAGUGAUGGCGCCCAAGAAAAAGCACCUGGAGUACCUGGUGUCAGCCACCAACACCACCAACGUGAACAUCCCUCAGAUGGCGGACACACUGUUUGAACGAGCCACCAAUGCCAGCUGGGUGGUCGUCUUCAAGGCCCUUGUCACCAGUCAUCACAUGUGUGUCCACGGCAACGAGAGGUUCAUUCAGUACUUGGCUUCCAGGACCUCCCUCUUCAAUCUCAGCAAUUUUAUCGACAAAACCGGCUCUCACGGAUAUGACAUGUCUACAUUCAUCAGACGAUAUGGACGAUACCUGAACGAGAAAGCCUUCGCCUACCGCCAGAUGGCUUUUGAUUUCACCAGAGUUAAGAAGGGUGCUGAGGGUGUGAUGAGGACCAUGACCACAGAGAAGCUGUUGAAAGGCAUGCCUGUUCUGCAGACUCAGAUUGACACACUCCUGGAGUUUGAUGUUCAUCCCAAGGAACUGAACAAUGGGAUCAUCAAUGCUGCAUUCCUGCUUCUCUUCAAGGACCUGGUCAAACUGUUUGCAUCCUACAAUGAUGGAGUCAUCAACCUAUUAGAGAAAUACUUCAAGAUGAAGAAGAGUGACUGUAAGGAGGCCUUAGAGAUCUACAAGAGGUUCCUGACCAGGGUGACAAAGAUUGGGGAAUUCAUGAAGCUGGCUGAGACCGUUGGAGUGGAGAAAAACGACAUUCCUGACAUCAACUACGCUCCCAGCAGUAUCCUGGAGAGUCUGGAAACACACAUGAAUGGUCUGGAGGAUGUGAAGGGUGGAAAGAAGGGGGAAGGGUCGCCAACAAAGGGGUCUCCGACAAACAACGUGUCUCCAACAUCGACUCCGGCCAAAUCUUCAAACGCUGUUCCCACACUGCAGCCUCCUCCUGGGGAGAGCGCUGCUGCUGCUGCUGCUGCUGCUGCCGAGCCAGCUGAAGAUUCCUUGUUGGACCUGGAUCCACUGUCCUCCUCGGGUCCCUCAGGACAAUCAGCUGCCCCCACGUCUUGGGGAGAUCUCCUUGGAUCAGAAAUGGGCGAUUCCUUGCUAUCUGAACCAACCCUCACAGCAGAGCCCGCCCCCUCCUCUGCAGCAGCAACGCCCACUCCUGCAGCCGCAGAACCUGGAGUCUCUCUAGCUCCUCCCACUAGCACAGCCGCCGCCACCUCCCCUGGCGCCACCAAUAUGGAUCUGUUGGGAGAUGCCUUUGCAACAUCUGCUCCUUCUACUGAGGCCUCUGCAGCAGCCGCUGAAGGUGGGGCCACCGCCACAACCGCCCCUUCUGCCAACGCUGGAGCUGAGUCCACAGGGGGAGAUGCCCCAGCUGCUGCUGCUCCCGCUGCCCCCGGUGCUGAGCUUAUGUCAGUCUUUGAUGGACUAGGCGAUGUAAUGAAGCCCACUAUGACCCCUCAGGCGGGGGAUGUUGACACCUCCAUGGCUAACAUGGCAAGUAAUCUCACAAUGGGAACCUCAGCGGCACCUCAGGUAGCUCCCCCCUGUUGGGGUGCUCCCAUGACCGUACCAAUGGGUGUUCCUCAUUUUAUGGGGACUCACCCCAGCUUCAGCAUGCCCGGGGCACCAGGAGCUCACAUGAUGAGGCCAGGCUUCCCUGCCACUGGAGCAACCCCCGGAGCACCGAUGUCUCCCGGAGCGGCCCAGAGCCCCAGAAAGCCUGCACCACCGAGGAACGCUCUGGAUGACCUCAACAUUAAGGACUUCAUGUAGACUGGCUGACCUGUAAAAACCCCCAAGGUUUGUCAGUGUGUCUGGAGCUCCGUGGAUGUGGAUGUCUGCCCUUCCCCCACUGCCUUCCCCUCAGUCAUGCCCCAGCCCUUUCAGCCAACCAGCCAUUACAUCCACGAUCUUUUCCCUCUGACCUCCUAUCAGCCGCCACCCCUAAAAAGUGCCCUGUCCUCGUUAUCUAAUGUUGUAGCACAACUGUGAAUGUGAACCCUAGAUACAGAAAAACAAAACUCAGUUUAUGUGUGUGUGGGUGUGUGUGUAAUUCAGUGUUAUCCUUUACUUAAUAUACUAUGGAAAAUGAACAAAAAAAAUAUAAUAAAUGUGUAUUCAGAUUCAUUCUGGAAUUCCGCGUAUCAGCUGACUUGGAAUGGUGGAUAAACGUUGAUUUCUUUGCGCAUCUCCCAGACGAGGACUGUGUUGUUAAAUGUGGAUUGUGUUCGGUGUGUGUAACUUCACUGGCCAACCCCCACCCCCACCCCUCUGCCCCUGUUGUCCAAACUAAUAUGGAAUUAUGUUUAUGUCAUUAAAAAACUUGGUUGUACCUAUAUCUGCUUGGCCAUCCAUCCUCCCACCUGUCUACUUUCAAGUUUUUGGAGAACAAAUGCACCUAGUAACAACUUGCACUGCAAAUCUGGACUUAUCAUCAAACGUGAAAUUGUGUUCAGUUUAAUUUUUUUAGGGAUUGUAUAAAAACAUGCUAAAACGUGUGAACUGUGUUCAAAUUGACAUAUGCAUUUGAGACUAUUUUAAAUAAUGGAUUAUACAUAUUUUCUUUAAUCUUUAUUUUGAGAACAAAAAUGUAUCAUAUAUUUUUAGUUAAGUCAAAUUGUAUGGCUAAAAAUAAGGAAAGUAGACAAAAAAAAUCCCCGCCUUCUUUGUACAUACCCCUCAAUCCUUAAUCAGAGGCAGUAUUGAAUGGAACCUUUGCCCCGAGUGUUUGCUGCUGGGCCCUCAGCUGGUGUUGGGUGAUUCUGCACCGUAGCAUGCGACACAUGUCAAUCUGGGAAUACUUCUUUCCUUGUCUCAGUCUCCACACAAGAUGACUUAAUGUUAGGGUGGAAAUCAAAGGGACAAGGAAGAAUUUGUGUAUGUGGUUUGGAUGUGUCCUCAGUCCUCUUUGAGUGACGCAGCAGCGGUCGGUACAUUCGUUCAUGUACUGCCACUGGACGUCCGGAGGACUCUCACUGUAAAGCACUCAAGUAUACGCUGGAUGUUUUGUGUGUUGUUUAUUUCCAAAAGUGACUGUAUCUUAAUCCAUUGUGGCAUUAACAAAGUGUUGAAAGAAAAAUAAAGAAGUCAAAUAAAAAAUAAUAAUAAUGUGGAUAAAUAAUGUUUGCUAAGUAUUCAAAUGAAGGCUGUGUUGUUUUUUGGGGGGUUAUUAUGGAUGGCAUCGUUCUUUCUCCCUCACCCCCACCUGCAUGUGAGUCCAAAUGAGAUGCAAUAAAAGACAAAUACACUGAUCCAAACUA